UGCAAAAGAAAUGCAGUGCUGCAGUUUUGCAGGCAGCAGGACGACAGAGCGAAAGAGAGAGAGAGAGAGAGAGAGAGAGGGACUCACUUCAAUAACCAAAGAGAAAGCGACCCAUUAUUCACUUUGGCAUUUGCCUUUGCUCUGCCCUCUCUCCAUCAUCAUCAUUCUGCAUUCACAUCCUCCCUCCUCACUCAAUAAGUGAGCAAGUGAGAGAGAGUGAGAGGGACUCACUUCAAUAGCUAGCCAGGAGAAGGCGAAAAGAAGAGAUGGAGAGAGAGGUUUGCAGGGUUCUUGCUGCAGGGCUGUGGCAGAGAGUAUUUUAACUUUAUCUGUGAAAUAUCUCUCUCUUCCUUUCUCCCUCCACACAGUAGCUGUUCUCUUUUACCCCUUUUCCCCUCUUCAAUGUCAUCUCUUUCUCUUUCUAUUAUUCUCUUCAAGUUGUGCCGCAGCUACCCAGCUUUGCUGGUACUGAAUUCUCAGAAGAAGAGAGAGAGAGAGAAAGAGAGAGAGAGGUAGCUGCUAGCUAGCUCUGUUUUUAGAGGGGCCUAUGAGUGGCAGAGUGAUGUGAUUGAACAAAGCAAAAGUUUUUACCUUGUUUUUUCAAUUUUCCUUUGAGCUCUAAAACCCGUCUUAUCAUUAUGCUUGGGAAGAGACGAGAAGAAAAUCAAAAGAAAAGAGGGAAGUUGUCAUUUGUACUGAUAAGAACAAAACAAGAGAAACAGAUCCUUUACAUAUAAACAACUCCUACACCACUCCACUCUGUUCCCCCCCUCCAUCUCUUCUCAUUUCUUCGGUUUUCCCAGAGCCUCGACAUUCUUUAUUGCGCUCUGCCCAGUUCAAUGAAAGCUUGAAAAAGCUUUCAAACUUGGAACUGGGUCCUCCCUUCCCCCUCAUUCUUCUUUUGUUAUAUAUAUCUUCACCCGUCUUUCUACUACUCUUCUGCUACUGUUGGGGACAUGGGUACUUGAAACUGCUUCAACCUAAAAAAAAAAGUAAUGAUGAGUGCUUUCGUUUAGAAGCUUGUAAGGAUUAUAUAAGAGUCACACGGCGUAAUAGUAAUAAUGGCAUUACCAGCCAAGGAGAUGGCGGCUUCCAUUUUGGUUCUUCUCCUCUCUCUAAUGGUCUCUCCUGUGUAUUCCGACGACGGGGGAACGCUGCUGGAGAUAAAGAAGUCAUUCAGGGAUGUGGACAAUGUUCUGUAUGACUGGACAGAAAACUCCGCCUCUUCGGAUUAUUGCGUGUGGAGAGGGAUCAUUUGUGAUAAUGUCACCUUCAAUGUCAUUGCACUCAACCUGUCAGGGUUGAAUCUUGAAGGAGAGAUCUCACCCGCAAUUGGGAAUUUGAAAGACCUCAUCUCCAUUGAUCUGAGAGAGAAUCGACUCACUGGGCAGAUACCUGAUGAGAUCGGCGACUGCUCGUCAUUGAAAAGCCUGGACUUGUCAGUUAAUCAGAUAUAUGGAGACAUACCAUUUUCAAUCUCUAAGCUGAAGCAACUUGAAUUCCUAAUCCUGAAGAAUAACCAGCUGAUCGGCCCAAUACCAUCAACCCUGUCUCAGAUUCCCAACUUGAAAGUUAUAGACCUUGCCCAGAAUAAGCUGGGUGGGGAAAUACCGAGGCUUAUAUAUUGGAAUGAAGUUCUGCAAUAUCUUGGCCUACGGGGUAACAACUUAGUUGGCUCACUUUCUCCUGAUAUUUGCCAGUUAACUGGACUCUGGUACUUCGAUGUAAGAAACAAUAGCUUGAGCGGCAGUAUUCCUGAGAAUAUAGGCAACUGCACAGCAUUCCAAGUCUUGGACCUCUCUUAUAACAAAUUCACUGGAGAGAUUCCCUUCAACAUCGGCUUCUUGCAAGUAGCUACAUUAUCUCUGCAAGGCAAUCAGUUGGAGGGGAAGAUUCCUUCUGUAAUUGGUCUGAUGCAGGCUCUAGCUGUGCUAGAUUUAAGCGGCAACAGGCUCAGUGGGCCUAUCCCUGCAAUACUCGGUAACUUGAGUUACACAGAGAAACUUUAUUUGCAUGACAACAGGCUCACUGGUUCCAUCCCCUCAGAACUUGGGAAUAUGACAAAACUACACUAUUUGGAAUUGAACAAUAAUCAGCUUACAGGAUACGUUCCACCGGAGCUGGGGAAGUUGACUGACUUGUUUGAUCUAAAUGUCGCAAACAAUUUGCUAGAAGGACCUAUUCCUGAUAAUCUUAGCUCAUGCACGAACCUUAACAGUCUCAAUGUGCAUGGAAACAAGUUGAAUGGCACCAUUCCUCGUGCGUUUCAAAAACUGGAGAGUAUGACAUAUCUGAAUCUUUCUUCAAAUUUUAUAAAGGGACCCAUUCCAAUUGAGUUGUCUCGGAUUGGGAAUCUGGAUACCUUGGACAUCUCUGCUAACAAAAUUAGUGGGUCAAUUCCCUCUUCACUUGGUGACUUGGAGCAUCUACUUAAGAUGAACCUGAGCAGAAACCAAGUAACAGGUUAUAUUCCUGCAGAGUUUGGAAACCUAAGAAGUGUAAUGGAAAUUGACCUUUCAAACAAUCAUCUCUCGGGAUUGAUUCCUCAGGAAUUGGGUCAACUUCAAAACAUGUUUUCACUGAGACUGGAAAAUAAUAAUCUAUCCGGUGAUUUAUCAUCUCUGGUGAAUUGCCUCAGUCUCAACUUCUUGAAUGUGUCGCAUAACAACCUUGUUGGUGUUAUCCCUACUAGCAACAACUUCACAAGGUUUUCCCCAGACAGUUUUAUUGGAAAUCCUGGUCUUUGUGGAUAUUGGCUCAACUCUCCCUGCCAUGAGUCGCGUCCUACUGCACGAGUUACAAUUUCGAAAGCAGCGAUCCUGGGAAUCGCACUCGGUGCUCUGGUACUUCUUCUCAUGAUCUUAGUGGCAGCUUUCCGGCCUCACAAUCCUCCACAAUUUCUUGAUGGAUCACUCGACAAACCAGUUAAUUAUUCAACCCCAAAGUUGGUGAUUCUUCACAUGAACAUGGCUCUCCAUGUGUACGAGGAUAUCAUGAGAAUGACAGAGAAUCUGAGUGAGAAGCAUAUAAUUGGAUACGGUGCAUCGAGCACUGUGUACAAGUGUGUCCUCAAAAAUUGCAAGCCAGUUGCUAUCAAGAGACUCUACUCUCACUAUCCUCAAUGCUUGAAAGAAUUCGAGACAGAACUAGGAACAGUUGGGAGCAUCAAGCACCGAAAUCUGGUCAGCUUACAGGGCUACUCUCUCUCUUCGUCAGGGCACCUCCUUUUCUACGAGUACAUGGAAAAUGGUAGUCUGUGGGAUCUCCUUCAUGGUGGGUUCGAGUUUGCCUCUUCUGCUGGUCCUACAAAGAAGAAACGGCUGGACUGGGAUACUCGUCUUGGGAUAGCAAUGGGAGCAGCACAGGGGCUAGCGUAUCUGCACCAUGAUUGUAGUCCUCGUAUCAUUCACAGGGAUGUGAAGUCAUCCAACAUUCUUCUGGACAAGGAUUUUGAAGCACAUCUAACUGAUUUUGGAAUUGCCAAGACCUUGUGCAUUUCAAAAUCCCAUACCUCGACGUAUAUAAUGGGCACCAUUGGGUACAUAGACCCCGAGUAUGCAAGAACUUCACGACUCACUGAGAAGUCGGAUGUCUACAGUUAUGGUAUUGUUCUGCUUGAGUUGCUAACUGGAAGGAAAGCAGUGGACAAUGAGUGCAACCUCCAUCAUCUGAUACUGUCCAAGGCAGCGAACGAUGCAGUUAUGGAAACUGUGGAUCCUGACAUCACUGCCACGUGUAAAGAUCUUGGAGGGGUGAAGAAAGUGUUUCAGCUGGCACUACUGUGCGCGAAGCGUCAGCCAUCGGAGAGGCCUACAAUGCACGAGGUAACGAGGGUGCUGGGAAGCCUGUUGCCAGCUAGCAUGCAACCAAAGCAACAAUGCACGCAGCUGGGAGCUGGGGCAACUGCAGCAGUGCCGGCAUUGGCCCCGGUGGCAUCAGGUAAGGUCUCGAGUUGCUACAUGGAUGAAUAUGCUAAUCUCAAGACUCCACAUUUGGUGAAUUGCCCUUCCAUGAGCACCUCAGAUGCUCAGCUCUUCCUCAAAUUUGGGUAGGAGCGAUUAGUUACCCCGCCAAAUAUGUGAAGGAGUAGGAAGUUGCAGGCAGGGGUCAGAAAAGAGAAUGGUAGAAAAUAUUUAGUACUGAAAAGGAAGUGUGUAUAAAAGCAGGAAUGAGAACUUGGAAUAUCCCCAUCUUAAUAUUAUGUAAUUUUAGUUGUAAAAGUGUAGGUAGGUAGUACAAUGAAUUGUUGGAAAUGGGGAGUGGUAAACUUGGAAAGAGAGGAAAGUGUUUGUGGGUCAUGGUUUUGUUUUUGAAGGUGUCGUAUUUAUUAGUUUUGGUGGAUGAUGAAGGCAUGUUAGGUUAGGAAUGGCAGUGGGUAGGCCCACUGUGGCAAUUCAGCCCUUUAGACGGACGGAAAGAUGGUUCGCUCCGCUGGCUGGCAGUGUACUACUGGGGGAGUCUGCAGUAAGGGUACGGGGGAGCUGACGAGCCUCUGCCCAGACUGCGUCGGCAGCAGCAGCAAUAAUACACUGAAGGCCUUUGGCUGGUUGCUAUUGGAUUUUGGGACCAUUGGAUUGGAUGGAGGGUGGUUAAUACGUUUUGACGGAUGAGGGCGACUACUCACUGAGGGGGUAAUGAAACUCCCCGAAUUGAAUAAGGUCACAGGAGGAGUUCAGUUGAUAUGAUCGGACCUUGGAUUGUGUGGAGAUUUUACAUCUUUUGAGAUGCAAGGCAAUCAUAUUAAUAAGAUUGUGUUAGGAAUGCAAUCAUAUUAAUAAGAAUUCAUCCAAAAUUGUCAAUCAAAC